CGUGCUUCCGCCGCUCUCUCAUUUUCAGUCGCCCCUCGUCGAUCGCAGUGAUCUCACUCGACUUCUGACCCGUCUCGUCUGCUCUCGCAAGAGUUGAUAUCUACCCUCUUCUGCCCUCAACUCUCUUUUGCGUUCUCUUCGCCUCUGUAACUCUUCACGCGAUUCGUACCUCAGAAUGAGCUCUGAAGGUCGAGAUGUCGCUGCGCUUCGCCAGACCGUCAUUCAACGGAUGUCGAUUGAGCCUUUCCACUCCGCACCUCCGCUUCAUACUCAUCGCCAAUUCAAGACCUGUGGAAAAUUUGCUCGCUGUGAGGGAUUGAAGUUAUCCAAGUGCAAUGGGUGUUCCGCAUAUCAGUACUGUUCUUCAGCGUGCCAGAAAGCCGACUGCCCUCGUCACAAGUUCGAAUGUCAGAGUGUAUCUGCUCAGCGCAAGUAUCUCGUCUCUGUGAUGAACAACCGCCAGGCCUGGCCAGACCUCAUGUCUUGGAUCGAAUUCCAUCACGCCAGUCUCGUCAAUAGCACCGUCGCCGCAAUGAACCUCCCCUCCAACCCCACCGCCCACGAGAAUCACUUCCUCGCCUUGAGUAUCAAUUGCGGCGACGAUAACACUCUACCUCCGGAACGUCGCUUCCGCAUCGAAUCCGUGGACUACGUCGACCGCGAUGCCUCCCCGGAAUGGUACUGUUACACUAUGCAGAUUUGGCAUCUCCUCCUCAAGUUGUCGAAUUGGGCCAAGUUCGGUCCUGGAGAUGCCACACUCGCAGAGGUCCCGUGGCCCAAGGCAUUUGGGUGCGACAGGACUGUAGCAGCGGCGACGCCUAACUCGGAUUGGAAGAGGUUGUUGACGGAUGCACUGGAGAAUGGAAAGAGGAUGAAGUUUUGCUGCAAGAAGAUGCCGGGAGCUUGCUGCUGUGGCGGCUGGACUCACGGUGGGCAAGAGGGAGGUGCUAGUGUGGCGGAUGAUUAUGUUCACGCCGAAAUAUCAGAAGUUGAUUGAGAAUCGGGGCGUUAGCAUCAUGUUCACACUUGACAAUAUUAGAGACUCUUAGUCCC